AUGCGAGUUGCUUCUCUAUGUCGUGCCUCAUCCUCUUCAUUUGCAAACCUGGAUCUCCCAGAGACGAACCUCGUCCUUGAGGCGUCAGAGUUUGCGAAUGAUGCUACUUGCGAUCUGUCCCCUAACUGCUGCAUACAAGAACCCCAAACCCGAAAGGAUCCUCUGAGAAGUGAGAGCGAUGGGAUACAACUGGUGCCAGCACUAGAGGCUGCCCCGAGCAACCCCGAAUACUUGGCUGAAACCGCAGAGAAAAUCGUUACCGUAUUGCAAUCAGCAGCCGACUUCGCUCCAGUUCCGUUCGUAGGCCUAGCCCUCAGUGUGGGACUCAAGGUCGUGCAAGCUUGCCGCGAGAUGAACAUCGUGCAACAACAGGUCAAAGAGCUGCAGAACCGUGUUUGCGCGCUUAUUGUUGCGAUCGGGAACUCCCUUACGGGGCCAGAAGCUCAGGAAAACCUGAAGGUGGCCCAGGGCAUGCAGAACGAUAUCGAGGAGCUUCAUAAAAACCUUCAAACGAUUGUGGAUGGCCUCGACGAGAUCAAGAAAAAGAAUCGAUGGCUUCUGAUCUUCUACAAGCGUCUGAACAAGGAGAAGGUCAAUGGCUGCAUCAGCACCUUGAGCAUUGCUCUCGAGAAAUUCCAGUUAUCAAACGACCUGAACACCGCCAAUGGACUCGGACAGUUGCAAUCUCGUCUUGAUCAGAUCGCAAUUAUGACCGGAGCGGUGUCCGACCAAGUUGGCAAGAUGGACAAGAAGAUGGAUACCAACUUCAACGCCCUCAUGGACGCUAUCAGAAAUUCCAAGGAUAAUACUAUUCGAGAGGCCAUGACACGACAGCAGAUGCCUCCCAAUCGGCAAACUCUGCGUGGGAGAGAGGAUUUAGUGAUCGAAAUCUCAAAACUGCUUGUGGGUGCAUCGACCACAUCCAGAGUUUGCGUUCUUGGCCCAGGUGGGAUGGGAAAGACGGCGCUGGCUGUAUCAGUCGCAAAUUCGUCCCUCGUUCAAGCCAAAUUUUCCGAUCUUAAUCGCUGCUGGGUCCCCUGUAUCGAGGCGUCAUCGACUAAAUUGUUCCUCCAGCUCUUGUACACUAGCCUUCGUAUCACGGCCGACACGAAGAACCCUCUAGAUGACAUCCUCUUCGAGCUCAAGCGGUCGAUCACUCCUCGCCUCAUCCUCAUGGACAAUUUUGAAACUACCUGGAAUGCUCCUGGAUGCCAGAAGGACGUUGGAGAUAUCCUCCGCCAUCUUGUGGAUAUCCCACACGUCGCUAUAUUGAUGACGAUGAGAGGGCUCAACCCUCCGGCUGACGACAUCCCGUGGCAGAAGCAGAUGCUCGAGCCGAUCAACGAAGCAUCUUGUCGUCAGCUCUACCAUGGUGUUUGUCCCAGCACCCCCCUCGACGACCCGCACCUAGCAGAGCUGUUGAAAGCGUUGGGAUACAUGCCCUUCGCUGUGAAGCUCAUGGCUCGACUUGGAAAAGAGACCGAAUCGACGGUGCAUCAGCUACUGGAGGACUGGGAGAAGCUGGGAACGGAAAUGUUGUCGUCAGACGAGGAGAGCAUGGACAGAACCAUCGAUCUGUCGGUGGACAGUCAACUUAUGAAGAAUGACCCAAAUGCCUUGACCCUCCUGGCUGUCCUUUCGAUGCUUCCUGCUGGGUCCACGAGGGAGCAUUUGGAAUGGUGUGUACCCGGCGGAUGCACGACCACCGCUAUUGCAACUCUCGCCAGAGCGGCGCUCGCAUUUCGCAGGCAGGAUAACAGCAGCCCAAAUACCCCCCUUUACUUAUUCGUACCCCCGGUUGUCCAGUCAUACAUGCGCUCGAAGAAACGAAUACCGGACACAGUGGGGCAGCACGCCGAUGUCGCCGAGCUCGCGAAGGAGGACACCAAUAUCCAAGCUGUACUCUUUGCAUGGAAGGUGUACGAGGAGGAUGAUUCGUCCGGAGGAGUUCGGCGGUUGUCCUUCUCUAACGAGCUCCUUCGGGCCCUGGUCGCGUUCACUUGGUACAGUCAUGAUACCAACCCUUGCCUCGAUCUGGCGGAGCACACGUUGAAAGUCGCUCAGGCAGCGCGCGACUCAAGAUAUGAAGCCGAAGCGAAUUUCUGCCUCGGAGCGAUGUAUGCUAAGCUCGGUCUGGCUGAGUCUGCACGCGAACCGCUUACAAAAGCCCGUGAGGGUCUCAAAGCUCUGAAAACGGACCUGCAGGCCAGAAAGCGCGCCGCAGAAUGUGGCCUGUACAUGGCAAAAAUACCCAUGACAGACCCUGCUGAGAGAUUGAAAUAUCUCCAAGACAUUCGUAGGGAAUUCGCAAGUCUUUCUGACGUAUGUGGUCAAGUGCGCUGCAUCGUGCAGAUGGGGCGCAAUUCUCCCCAGGAAAAUGCUCUCCGAGUCCUUCAAGAAGGAAUUACUCUUCUCGAGAACACAGAGCACAGGCUUGACCUUGCUCGCUGUCUUCUUGCGAUGACCGACGUAUGUCAUCAGAUGAAAGACUAUACAAAGGCGGAGUGGUUUAUACGUCGCGCGUUGGCAGUAGCUGAGCCCGUCAAGGAGGCCUACUUAUAUAUGGAUUUGGUUGAGUCACUCGCGACUGUCCUCAUCGAGAUCCCUGGCCGCCAGGUCGAGGCAUUAGAGCAGGCAAUGAAAGCACUGCUCCUACACCAGCAGAACGGUCGCCCGGUCGGCAUUGCGGAGAACUUCGAGCUCAUAGGAUACAUAUACAUCCGCCUCGAUAACCGAUUCCCUGAUGCCCUGCAGGCAUAUGAAAGGGCCCACGAAGCAUAUACUCGUCUGGGCUCCUUGCCUGCUGGAAAAAAGGGCGCUCCGCGGUGCCAAAGCAACAUCGAAAGCCUGAACCGAAAGAUAAAGACCCCGAGCGAGACUAUUCGACUCCUCAAACCGGGUGAUUUGGAAGAAUUCGUUUGA